AUGGCCGACCUACAGGGACGUCGGAUUUUCAAGGUGUUUGGCAGCCAGGACUUUAUCGUCGACGAGCGCUACCAGGUCACCAAGGAACUGGGCCAGGGAGCUUACGGCAUUGUUUGGUGUGUGCGUUUUAUUGCUGCCCCUCAUCGUGAACCGCAACUUCCCCGCCAUCUAUGGGCUGGAAAACAACCCAAUGCGAUUCGAUGGCUGAUUGAUGUUCUUUUCCUCUCUAGUGCCGCCGUCAACAGCCAGACCGACGAGGGCGUGGCCAUCAAAAAGGUGACCAAUGUCUUCAGCAAGAAGAUCCUCGCCAAGCGGGCACUGCGCGAGAUCAAGCUGCUGCAGCACUUCCGCGGCCACCGCAACAUCACCUGCCUCUACGACAUGGAUAUCCCCCGACCCGACAACUUCAACGAGACCUACCUCUACGAGGAGCUGAUGGAAUGCGACUUGGCCGCCAUCAUCCGUUCGGGCCAGCCCCUGACCGACGCCCACUUCCAGUCCUUCAUCUACCAGAUCCUGUGUGGCCUCAAGUACAUCCACUCGGCCAACGUGCUGCAUCGUGACCUGAAGCCCGGCAACCUCCUCGUCAACGCCGACUGCGAACUCAAGAUCUGCGAUUUCGGACUGGCGCGAGGCUUCUCCAUCAACCCCGACGAGAACGCCGGCUACAUGACCGAGUACGUUGCUACCCGUUGGUACCGAGCCCCCGAGAUCAUGUUGAGCUUCCAGAGCUACACCAAGGCCAUCGAUGUCUGGUCCGUAGGGUGCAUCCUCGCCGAACUCCUCGGCGGCCGCCCCUUCUUCAAGGGCCGCGACUACGUCGACCAGCUCAACCAGAUCCUGCACAUCCUGGGCACUCCCAACGAGGACACGCUCAGUCGCAUCGGGUCCUCGCGCGCCCAGGAGUACGUCCGCAACCUGCCCUACAUGGCCAAGAAGCCCUUCCCCAGCCUGUUCACCAAUGCCAACCCCGAUGCUCUCGACCUGCUCGACCGCAUGCUCGCGUUUGACCCCUCGUCGCGUAUCUCGGUCGAGACGGCGCUGCAGCACCCCUACCUCAAGAUUUGGCACGACGAGACGGACGAGCCCGACUGUCCCACCCAGUUCAAUUUCGACUUCGAGGUCGUCGACGAGGUCAGCGAGAUGCGCAAGAUGAUCCUCAAUGAGGUAUACCAGUUCAGGCAGAUGGUGAGGACCGCCCCUGGCGGCGGCGCGAAUAACCUCGGUGCUUCGGCCCAGGCCGGCCAGGUUCCCCUGCCCUCCUCAGAUUCGCAACAGCAGUGGCGGAGCCAGGACCCCAAGCCCCAGGACUUUGAGCAGCAGGACUACGCACAGAUGGACGGCCUCGAGCGCGAGUUGCAGCAUGGCCUCGACAGGCGAUAA